AUGCUGCCACAGUCCGCGGGGCGCCUUCGGAGUCCUAGUGACCCAUCCGGUAUACAACGAAAGAAACCAAGAGCAAAAGCACCGGCGCAAUUUUCACAAAUAGAGGAAGAAAUCGGCAUCGCUGCGAUCAAUGAUGAGGUGGAAUUUGGAAAAUGGUAUCAUGAUGUGGAAGAAGAUCUGCUAGACGCAAGUCACGAAGCGUAUCAAUCAUGCCUUCACGAACUCGAAAUAUCUAGAGCGCAUCUCGAUUCUCUUCUCGCCGAUACAUCGUCAACUCUCGAACUCUUGUCGAGUCUCUCCAAAUCAUUCCAAGCUGUCGAUCUGCAGACGUCCACGUUCCAAAAACAAUGCGAAGGAUUGUUAAACACGCAAUCAAAAAACACUCAUCUGGCGAAUGAUAUCAGGGACAACCUUGUAUAUUAUGAAUUCCUGGAUCCCGCUUCACGGAAGCUCAACGCUCCGGGCGCAGGAAAGACGGUCCGCAACAGUGAAUUUUCAGAUAUGCUGAGAAAGCUCGACGAGUGUUUAGACUAUAUGGAGUCUCAUCCCGAACAAAAAGAGGCGGAAACUUACCGAUCUAGAUACCGGUUGCUGCUGACUCGUGCGUUGACACUUAUCCGCGGACACUUUGUCGCUGCACUGCGAGAAACAUCGUCAGGGGUAUCAAAAAGAAUUGCCGACAAACAACUCAAUGACACCACAAUGUCAGCAUUACUAUAUGCGAAGUUCCGCAUCGGAGCUGCUGAGAUGAAGCAAAUUGGAUUAGAGAUCCAGAAAAGAGCUGUCCCGCCAGUUGACCCAGAACAGGGAACCGAAGCAGAGUACCAAAGCCUCAUGAACGAGUUGCAUACAAGCUUCGCCGCAACGCGAGGCAAGCUUAUCAUUCCACUGGCACGGAAAAAGCUUACUAGCAUUGCUCAGGCUCCUAGCACUUCCAAGGACCUGGUAGCAUUCGCUAGGGCCAGCAUUGGCUACAUACGUGGUGUGUGUCUAGACGAAUUCGAACUCUGGGGAGAAUGGUUUCAUGGUCAAGCAGGCUUAUAUGAUUUCUUGGAAUCUAUCUGUGAGCCUCUGUACGAUCACUUGAGACCGAGAAUCAUCCACGAGACAAACUUAAUCAAACUCUGCCACUUGUGCACUCUGUUGCAAACUCGUUAUAUGUCCGAUCCAGAAGACGAGACAGAAUACAACGACCCAAAUCAGCUAGAUUUCUCCGCCCUUAUCCAACCCGCACUUGCAGAUGCACAGACUCGUCUCGUAUUUCAAGUGCAAGGUAUUCUUCGCAGCGAGAUCGAGAGAUAUCGCCCCAAACCGGAUGAUCUGGACUACCCAACUCGAAUUCGACAAACCUCAUCCUCUACCAAAGGUGUUCCAUUGUCAGGUCGUAAAGGAUCUGCACUGCCAAAGACCCCAACAAUCGUCGACGAAGAGAUAGAUUCUCCAACGGAGAAAGAUGCACUCUGGGACAUUGAAACCCAAGCUACAUUUCAAGCCUGGUAUCCCACGCUGCGGAAGGCCAUCUGGCUGCUUAGCCGUAUAUAUAGGCUUGUCAACUCCACCGUCUUUGAUGACCUUGCGCAUCAAAUUGUACAUCAAACGACAUUUUCGCUUCAUCAAGCAAGCACGCAAAUAUCGAGCAAAUACUCUCGUACCGACGGCCAACUAUUCUUGAUCAAGCACCUUCUCAUUCUCAAACAACAGAUCGUCGCAUUUGAUAUCGAGUAUGUCACCCCCGAUAUAUCACUUGACUUCUCUGGAGUCACGAAUACUUUCUGGGAACUCCGCGAGCGCGGAGGUCUCUUCAACCCUGGAAAUCUUAUGCGUCUUGUGGGUGGCGGCCUCUUACCCAAGGUUGUUGAGAACAUGCUCGACGCAAAAGUAGAACUUGACGGCACACUCCGGACAGUCAUUAACGACUUCACGAAUCAUUUCGCCACUCGCAUGACAUCGACUUUGCCUACAAAAUUCAUCGAGAAGGGAAACAUGGCAGAUGGGGUCGCAAUAAGCCCCGUUUGCCGAAGCAUCGAAAAGGAAGUCCCCUUGCUACGGAAAGCUUUAGACGACUAUUUAGAAGAUACCCGUACAAAAGAGACCCUGGUCGGCGCUGUGCAGGACCGCGUCAUACAAAUUUAUGAGGAGUUUUACGAGGGCUACACAGCUCUAUUGGCCAAGAGCAAAGGCGUAGCAGCCAAUGUCAAGGGCAAAGGUAGAGAGGAUGCGGUUUGGGACGUCGACACUUUCGAGGAAUGGAGUGAAGGAGUCUUUAGGGUCGGGGUUGCUGGUUUGCGUUCUAUCGACAAUGGGGAGGAUGAUGACCAUGAUUCGGUUGUAUCGAGAAGAUCUUGA